AUGUCCGUCCUCGGUGAACGCUCCGUCUCGGCCUCCAUCCCCUCCUUCACCGCCUACGCCAGCGAGUACGUCUCCGUGCCCACCCUUUUCUCUGUCUCGCCCGAGACCGCCACAUGGCUCUGGACAACCGCCGCCAUCGUUCUUUCCCUCCUCGCCCUCGAGCAAGCCGUCUGGCGCUACAAGAAAGGUGCUCUCCCCGGUGACAACUGGACCAUUCCCGUCAUUGGCAAAUAUGUCGACUCGAUGCGGCCGACGCUCGAGAACUACCAAAAGCAGUGGGCUGCAGGUUCGCUGUCCGCGGUUAGCGUCUUCAACAUCUUUAUCGUAAUGGCGACGUCGAACGAGUUCUCCCGCAAGGUCUUCAACUCGCCGAACCAUGCCGAACCCUGCCUGGUCCACUCCGCGAAGGUCAUCCUUCGCCCGGAUAACUGGGUUUUCCUCACCGGAAAGGUACACGUCGACUACCGGAAGGUCCUGAACACGCUCUUCACUCGCAAGGCACUCGGCAUUUACUCCGCCGUCCAGGACCAGACUACGCGCAAGCACUUCAAGAGAUGGCUCAAGACCGCAGAGGAGGACCCGUCCGCUAAGCCGAUCAUGAUGACCUUCCGUGACCUGAACAUGGAGACCUCGCUAUUGGUCUUCUGCGGUCCCCACAUCGAGGAAGAAGCGGCCCGCGAAAUCGCCGAUAACUACUGGCGCAUCACUGUCGCCUUGGAGCUCGUCAACUUCCCCUUCCCCUUCCCUGGCACCAAGGUCUGGAAAGCAAUCCAAGCGCGGAAGACCGCCAUGAAGCACCUGGAGAACGCUGCGGCGAAGAGCAAGAUCGCGAUGGCGGCCGGCAAGGAGCCCGAGUGCAUGCUCGACCACUGGAUCCAGUCCAUGGCCGAGCCCGGAUACAAGGGCCGCAAGGAUUUCUCCGACAUGGAGAUGGCCAUGGUCGUCUUCUCCUUCCUCUUCGCCUCGCAGGACGCGAUGAGCUCUGGCGUUAUCUAUGGCAUGCAGCAUCUCGCCGACAUGCCCGACAUCCUCGCCAAGGUCCGGGAGGAGCAGGAGCGCGUCCGCGGCGGUGACGGCGACCGUCCUCUUACCCUCGACAUGCUCGACCAGAUGACCUACCUCCGUGCCUUUGUCCGCGAGUCUCUUCGUGUCAAGCCCCCUGUUACGAUGGUUCCCUACCUGGCCACGAAGUCGUUCCCCAUCUCCGACAGCUACACCGCCCCGUCCGGUUCUAUCGUCAUCGCCUCCGUCUACCCGUCCGUGCACGACCCCGAAGUGUACCCUCAACCGAGCGUACUCGUCCCUGAACGUUGGCUCGACCCUGAGGGCAGUGCGAACACCACGCCGAAGAACUACCUCAUCUUCGGCAGCGGUCCCCACAAGUGCAUCGGUGUCGAGUACGCGAUCAUGAACACCAUGAUCGUCCUCGCUGACGCUGCGAUGCUGUUGGACUUCGAGCACAUCAGGACGCCCGAGAGCGACAAGGUCCAAAUCAUCGCUACCCUCUUCCCUCAGGACGGCUGUCUCAUGAAGCUCCGCCCUCGUCAGCGCGCUUGA